UUUUCGGUGAUCGGCAUUCACUCGCGAGCCGCUACACCGUGCGGUUUAUCACCACAGGUGGAUUGUGCAUCAGUGUAAUCACUAUUCCGCCCACCCAUAUAUUUAUAUAUCAUUAAUAUCAAUCGAUAUAUUUAUAUAAACUAUACAAUUAAAUACCAUUCAUAUAUAUUUAAUUUAAAUAAAUAUAUACUGACUAGGAAAAUAAAAUUUUUUUGAAUAUCGAUGAGAAAAAAUUCAAAUGUAAUUUUGAUUGAUGUAAGAAAAUAGUAAUUUUGUUUUAUAAAGACAUUAAUAAGUGAACGAGUUAACUCGGUAAUAAAAUUAGUAAAGUGAGACGCAUAUAACAACGGUACUUAUUUACUAACUAACGUCUCAUAUAAUACAGCAGCUCUUUACGUUGUGGAAAGUACUACACGCUCCGUUUCACGUCGUAGACUUAGUCACGCCCGCGUGUCUUCUUCCUUACACUCUCUGACAGUAUAAAUUUAUAUAUUUUUUUUUCUAAACAUUUUGUUAUUUUUUUGACUUCAAUAUAUAUAUAAAUACGCAAAUGUGCACUUGGUAGUUAAUUUUAGCACGCAAAUAAAUCAAGAGAAUAUUUAAUCGCGAGUUUUCCGAGACGUCUAGACGUUUGUCGGUAUCUCGUUAAACAACCAGUUAUAUAUCGUGUUAAAUAAAACCCUCGUGUUUAAAUAACUAAAUAAAAAGUAAAGUAAUAUAUGUGUAAGGACAUGUCUGGAAUGCAGUUAUUUAUUUAAUAACAACUUGUGUGGACUUGACAAUUUUUUAUAAAAUAAUUUGUGAUUUUUUUUUACGGGUUAAUUUUAUAAAUAGUGUCGAGUGUUUGUUAAUUCAUUGAUUGUCAGACAAUGGAAAUCAACAUGAUACUUAUUUUACUAUUUUUAAACUUCGUGUCCUGUACGCAGAGCUCAGUGGUAGUUUCAGAUGUAUCAGAAAGUCCAGGAGCAGUUGAUAGUUUGCCAAGUUACGACCCACAAUUUAUGGCUCAUUGUUAUUUUCCUGCUGAAUAUCAAGGAGAUUUUUUGAUGCAAGUUAAUGGACCUGGUAAAGGAUCGGCAAAUUCUGGAGAACCGAUUCAAUAUUCAGCACUCAACAUAACAUUUGACUCUAUACCUGUUUGGGGAUACUGUCACAAACGAGUUGGAGAAAAUGUUUUGCUGGUUGACACAACCGCAGAAGGCCAGUGCAUCAGGUGCUUCCGCUUGAAAAAAAGAUCCCGUAAUAUCAUUGAAGUCUUCUCAGAAGACCUCAACAGGUGCUACACAUACGAAGACAGCGCACUAGCGUCAUGCGACAAACUAACUUCAAGAUCCAUUCUCUAUCGUACAAAAGAUCUCGGAGGAUUGCCGAUAACAAAUGAAUUCUGUCCGAUAGCCGGAAAAUAUUUUUUUAAAUACAACGUUAAUGAUGGGACUGAAGAUACGACGGAAUGCAAUACAUUCUCAUCGACUCUGGACAACUGCCCAAACGGUUCUGUAUUUCGUUUGCAGUUUAAAAAAUGCACAUUCGAAAAUCACGGGACUAAUUUAAUCCUCGAAAAUCGAACCACUGAAGUCGAUCGAAAUAUUACAUUCAAUUGCUUGGGAAGUUGGCCGGCUGGACCUGAUUACAGUAAUAACACGCGAUUUAUUGCACUUCUUGACACCCGUGAAACUGGUGAUCUAAGACCACAAUAUCGUUGUGGGUUAUAUCAUUCAGAUCCAUCAACUAAUAGAAUAUACAUGGCAUUUAGUAGCGAUUCAAGUUGUACCCAAAAUCUUCAUAACUCAACCAGCGGAUAUGAAACUUUAAUUCUUACACGAGCCCUCAAUGCACAAAAAAUGCCAGAUUUCGUCUCAUCUCAUUUAGCAUCGUAUCCGAAGUGGGUACUCGGGGACUGGGAAGAGUCGAUUAUCUCCAAAAGCACGAUGUCCUUCAACGAUCUCAAUGGGUUCCGUAGCUAUACAUUCGUCACCGUUGACUCGAAUGACGACACUGGUCGCUACAUAGUUUACUCUAAAGAUCACUGUGGAAGUCACGGCUACGUUUGCAUGAUGAUGAGACAGAGGAGUGAAAAUGUUAUGGAAUUCAGAAUGGGAACUAAUUCGAGUCCCGUGUACACAAAACUUUUGUGUGAAGAUCCUAAUUUCGAUGGAACUGGUAGUACUAAUUCAUGGUUGACACAAGCUCGAUUAGACCGAGUAGUGGAAUCUCCGUGUCCUAUCACAGGUCAUUAUAUAGGCAGAAUACCGGAUUUACCAGGCAUGUGCGCCGAAUUGAGUAGUAACUGCAACACUAAAGAGAUUAUGUACUACAAAGUAAUCGACUGCGAAUCAGGAGAAUUAUACGAAGAACGUACGUAUUUGUGCCUUGGACAAUGGGAAGAAAAAGGAGUAAUGUACACAUAUACUAAACGUAAUGAUACCACGAACGAUACUGUUGCAAAUACUGAAUGUUUCGUUGGUUUAAUCGUUAAUGACGACGAGAUUUAUAUCAAAGAAGCCGGCAAUCAUUGUUUACGUAAUAUAGAUCCAAGAACAGUAGGAAUGCGGCUCUACAGAAAAGGACAAUGCUACGGUAAUUAUCCCAGUCCAGCACCAACGCCAAUAAGACCAAAUCCACAUGACCCAAUAAUGCGAAUAACGACACAUUCCAUACCCGGUAACGCAUUAGCGCCAACGAAAAAACCACCGACUGUAAUUUCAUCUUCAGCAUCACAAUUACCAAUUCACUCAUCUUUCAAUAUCUUUAUCUGUCUGACAAUUUAUAUUUUUUAUAUCAAACUAUAAAAAAAAAAUCAUGAGUAAAGUCUGCAAAUUGGACGUGAUGUAGAAAUACAAAGAAAUAUUUUAUAUUUGAUAUAAAAUUUGUAGUAUAAAAAAUUGUAGAAAUUUUUUUUUUAAGUUAUAUGAUAGACGUACUAUUAUUAAUAUAUUAUUUAACAUGUAUGUAAUUAAAUUUUAAUUUUAAUUGUAAUUUAAGUAUUUAAUUAACUGACUUUUUUUUUUUUUAAUGUACAAUGUAUAGAAUUAAUCGAAAGAUUGCAUGGAAAUCAUGAGUCACUAAUAUAUAUUUUUAUCUAACGGCAGCUUAAUAUGACAAUGCGUCAAUAUAUAUAUUUAUAUUAUAAAUUCACAUUGCUUUUGUAAUAUAAAACUAUUUUUUUACGAUACCAGCAUCGAAACUUAAGGUUUCAGUGUCUCUACAGUCAGUCAAAAGAAGCGAAUUUCAAUCCAAUACCGCGAAUUAAUAUCAGCAAGCGCGUAAAUUGUGAAUGCCUUCAAUCACCGGGCAGAAACCAAGUUAUUUCGUCCCGUGGGAACAAACAAAAAAUGUUUCUGCUCACUGACUGAAGGCUUUCGCAAUUUAAACUCUGAUACGUCAUUUAUUUAAUAGUAAUUUCAGACCACUAAUUUUAUUUACAUGACAGUUCUGACUGUGAUUAAGUUUUACAAAAAUUAGUGUCAAUCAUAAACAGUAUUUAUAGUUUCUGCUAAUUAUAAGUUGCAAAUAACAAUUAACGCUUACGCUAAUAGUUGAUGACACCAUUCGUCUUAAAUUAACGGGUUUCUGAUUGGCUGCUGACACUGAAACUUUAAAUUCCAAUGCAGGUAUCAUGAAAAAUCUAGUGUGUAACUCAGGAUGAAAUACCCAAGUAGCACACUUGCCCUGAUAGCCAAGUUGGCCGCAAAAGGUGAUAGAUACUUUCUGAGAAAGUUGGUGGCAAAAGUUGGAAAUCCGAUAAGUUGACGGUCACUUUCUGAAAAAUUGGUGGCAAAAGUUGGCGGUAACUUGUAGCCAAAAGUUGCAAAAGCUAGAAUUGUCGACAACUUGUUGUCAAGUUGGUCGCAAACUAAUGAAUACCAACUUUUUGACGAGCAACUCGUGCUAUCAGGGUGCCUUUGUAACAUCUAUAAGAUAUAAGUUUUUAGGCUGUUUUUUGACGUAUAAAUAAGGCACCAACAUAUUGACAAAACGAUCAGAAAUUUAUGUCACCGAAAAAAUUUCUACUUAAAAAACUUGAUACAAGUGACGACAAAAAGUAAAUUACAAAUAAUGGUAAAUAAGUCAAAGAAAAACAACACAAAUUUUUUCAGUCCCCGGAACCAAAAUUCGCAUGUCGUAUUUGUACCAAAAAAGGUGACUGAGUCAAAAAAAAAAUUUGUCAUCCUUUUAAAAGACAUCUUAAAGUUGUCUCUGUGCUACUUGGGCACGAUUUCAGACUGCGGUUGUCAGAACUUCACCCUGGUCUGAAAUCGUGUUUCAUCUCUUGUCACACAAUGUUCUAUUUUAAAUUAAUUAAAUAUAUAAUUAAUUAUUCACACAGAACUUAAUAGUUCACUAAAUAUAUCAAGAGCAAUAAAUACUUUAAGAGAAACAGACUAAGAAAUAAAAAUUUAUAAAUAAAUAACAACUGCCUUGUUACGAUACUUAAUAUCUAAGUACAUGUAAAUAGAUUUUAUUGUAAUUAACUUGUUAUUAUAUUUUAUUUUGUAAAAAAAUAAAAUAUAUUGUGAUUGUAUGAAUAAUUUUUGUGUGCGCGAGUGAAUAAAAUGAAUAUAUAUGAGAGUAUCAAAUAUAUUAGUGUUAUUUGCUUUGCCAGGUGCAUUUUUAUAUUGUAAUUAUAAUUAUAUAUAAAAUAAAAAUAAGUAAUGAUACAAUAAAU